GCCAUGGUGCGUUGCAGGGAGGGCUGUGUGGACGGCAACGGUGCCGCUUGUAUGUUUCCACCUAGUAGAGAUACAUACACCGGAUCGUGUCGUUCAUCAAUUUGGGAUGAUCCAAGAAAUUCCCGGCGAUGUUGACACUGACACCGUGCUUCAUGCCAUUGAUUUGAGGGGGAAGGUGGGCGUUGAUUGAAUGCGGAAACAUGCUCUGCAUAUCAUGCAUUGGGGUAACCGCCUUCAACGGUGUUGUCAAGCAGUGCUUGGUGAUAUGCCUCCACAGCAUCAGUACUUCGAAUGGUUCAAAAGGGUGACUCGGAGGUUCAUCGAUGUUCUUGGUGCUACAUUGAUUCUAAUGAUUGAAGGAUACCUCCGUUUGUUGAGCCGUCACCCGGUGGCCACGAAGGACCACCAGGACAUUACUGAUGUGCUGACUGCAGUGCAGGCGAUUGGCAGUGUACGAUCUCCGGACCCUGAGGUCCUAAAUAAGGAGGCAGCUACUCCUGCGGGUACUACAAGUCAUUUGCAAAAAUCUGUCACCUUGCUCCGAAAUGAACUGGCUUCCCGUGAUAAUUCUACUGGUCCAGUGGUCCGGAGCGAAAUUUAA